AUGAAAAGAUUAUCAAAAGUAGACGUAGCGCACAUUCCCCGUGAACAUAACUCACGUGCCGACAUAUUAUCCAAACUUGCGAGCACGAGAAAGAAAGGAGGAAACAAGUCGGUAAUCCAAGAAAUCUUGCCCAGACCGAGCAUAAGCAAAAACGCGCAAGCUCUGCAAGUAUUCGCUAUCGGGGACGACCAUUGUUGGAUGACCCCGGUAUAUAACUUCCUCACCAAAGACGAACUUCCCGCUGACGCGAAGGAAGCUUCAGCUAUUAAGAGACGAGCCUGCUCGUACACCAUUAUCGAGGAUAAACUAUACCGACGAGGCUUCUCCAUCCCUCUCCUCAAAUGUGUCGACGCCUCGCAAGCAUUCGAGAUACUCCAAGAGCUCCACGAGGGGAUCAACGGCCAACAUCUUGGCGGCCGGUCACUAGCGAGGAAAGCUCUUAGAGCCGGCUACUAUUGA